GUGAGGCGCCGCCCGCCGCCAUGUCGUGCUUCCCGGAGCUGCACUUCAACGUGGACAACGGCUACCUGGAGGGGCUGGUGCGCGGCUUCAAGGCGGGCGUGCUGCGGCACGGCGACUACGUUAACCUGGUGCAGUGCGAGAGCCUCGAGGACUUGAAGCUGCACCUGCAGAGCACCGACUAUGGGAACUUCCUGGCGAACGAGGCGUCCCCGCUCACCGUCUCUGUCAUAGACGACAAGCUGAAGGAGAAGAUGGUGGUGGAGUUCCGGCACAUGAGGAACCACGCGUACGAGCCCCUGGCGAGUUUUCUGGACUUCAUCACGUACAGCUACAUGAUCGACAACGUCAUUCUGCUCAUCACUGGGACUCUGCACCAGCGUUCCAUCUCCGAGCUGGUGCCCAAGUGCCAUCCUCUGGGAAGUUUCGAGCAGAUGGAAGCCGUGAACAUUGCUCAGACGCCCGCGGAGCUCUACAAUGCCAUCCUGGUGGACACUCCCCUGGCUGCUUUCUUCCAAGACUGCAUUUCCGAACAGGACCUUGAUGAAAUGAACAUUGAAAUCAUUCGAAACACGCUCUAUAAGGCGUACCUGGAGUCCUUCUACAAGUUCUGCAAGGCACUUGGAGGUACCACGGCAGAUGCCAUGUGUCCAAUCCUGGAGUUUGAAGCUGACCGGAGGGCCUUCAUUAUCACCAUCAACUCGUUCGGCACUGAGCUGUCCAAGGAGGACCGGGCGAAGCUGUUCCCGCACUGCGGCAAGCUCUACCCCGAGGGGCUGGCUCAGCUGGCCAGAGCAGAUGACUACGAACAAGUCAAAAACGUUGCUGACUACUACCCCGAGUACAAGCUGUUGUUUGAAGGGGCUGGCAGCAACCCUGGAGACAAGACCCUUGAAGACAGGUUCUUUGAGCACGAGGUGAAGCUGAACAAGCUGGCGUUCCUCAACCAGUUCCACUUCGGAGUCUUCUACGCCUUUGUGAAGCUGAAGGAGCAGGAGUGCCGCAACAUCGUGUGGAUCGCAGAGUGCAUCGCCCAGCGGCACCGGACCAAGAUCGACAACUACAUUCCCAUCUUCUAACCCCACCCUGCUCCCGUCCGACCCUCCCACCCCUGGAGUCCAGCGGGACCCCUGUCCACCUUCUACAUGCUCCCUGAGUUAUCCCUUGCCCAGACUCCAGGGAAGUCCCGGCUGCUGAACUGGCUCGGAUGGGGAAACUGUACAGUUGCUAGUUAAAUUAUUCACAAGCUGAAGUUUGAGCUGUGUGUGCAGUGAGGGGUCCGGAGGGGCCGGUGGCACAGGCUUGGCCCUGUGCAGCGGGAGGGCCGCCUCCUGUCGUGUAUCUCAUAGUACCCGUGUUACUGUACUAACCUGCUGUAUGCGCUUGUGCUCGCAGAGCAAGCACCAGCCGGGGCUUGCUGCCUCCAAGUGGUUCCCACCGCUGCGGAGGAACGCGUCAGGUCUGCCACGGCCAGGAGCCCUCGCUGUCAGAGCUCCGAGCACGCCUCCUCCUCAGCGUUGUCCCCGUGAGAUUUAGUUUGAGUGUGAUUUGUAGCGUAGCCAAUGCUGCUGUGUAAUCCCCGCAUCCCUUGUAGCAAACCCCGUUGUGGGACAGACUGAGCAGCCCUGGCCAGGACUGGGACGGAGCCUGUGGGAACGUGAGGGCAGAGCCAGAGCAUGUGUGGAGCGCGCUCCUCCUGGCUCCAGCAGCAUCUGCCCUAGUGCGAGCGUCCUCAAAAGCUGCUCUCUUCAGUCGCUGGAGCUUGAAGGGGCUCCGUAAGCCGCCUGAGCUCCUUCCUCCCCUGUGAACCCCGUGGCUUGGAGCUGUGUUUGGCACAGCGUGCAAGGGUCUGGGCUCUGCGGAUGGUGCUGUGACACGGGAGAGCCCCUGCCCUGCUCCGGGUGGCUGCGUGGCCGUACAGCACGCCUGGCCCCGGGGCAGAGCAACCCCCUGGCUGCCCCGUGGCCGUGCGGCAGCGGAGGGGCUUCGCUGAUGAGGAGUUCCCGGUGCUCCCCAUCCGUCCUGCCUGGCAGCAGCGGCUCUGUCCCAGCUUGCGCCGUGGUCACCUCUGCAGUGUUUGUUACCCCGUGACCCCCCUCCUCUCCACACCAAUAAAUAUCUGCCUACCGCA